GUUAAGUUAGCGCGCUCCGAACUCCAAGGGAGCACGCUCGAGUGCGCUCGAGUGCGACGCCUUCGGAGCUUAACUUAACGGCCAUUUUCGCCGACUGUUUUCGGGUGCACGAACGUGCCGUCUGGCAAAUGUUAUGUUGCUUCCGCAUCCGCUAUUGCACUUCGCGCGCUUCUCGAAAAUGGCCCCGCCGACCGUACUUCUGCAGCCCUUGUUUAGACGAUGAAGAGGUAGAAGAACUUGACGCGCGGCGACGGAGGCAGCAGCAGCAGCUUACGAUGCGAUGCAAGCUCAAUGCGCGCCAACACGUUGCCGAUCUCGCCUGACAGCAGCUUCAGACGGCCGGCAGCGCGGCAGCGAGAGGAACGAGUGGGCAAGGAGAACGGACUUGCAUUGGUGGAAAGAAGGGAGCCAGCAGUCUUGAGAGGAGUGCCUGUUGGUCCUUGCACAUUGCUCUGGGACAAGGACUAUCUGUGCACUCGAGGGGGCAAACGGGAUGUCAAGGUGCACGUUUCACAAGACAGGCACAUGGACUUCAUUAGCAAGAACUUUUUAUACAGAACACUGCCGUUUUGUGAGCUCGUGCAGCGAGCAUCUGGCUCCAAGAAUGCUAACUUCUUCAUAAGUGAGACAGAGCUUUAUUACUUAAGAACACUUGGGUCGGACUCCAGGAAAGAACCUGCCAACAUUGCUACACAGUUUCCAGAGCUUGCUGAAGAUGUCACCUUGCCGAAGCUGUUUCCCAAUGAAGCAUUUUUCUCCAGUGUUCUUCGAAUUGCAUCCCCACAGCUUUGCUUGUGGACUCAUUAUGAUGUAAUGGACAAUUUUCUAAUUCAAGUUAAAGGCAAAAAGAAGGCUGUACUGUUCCACCCAAAUGACUUUGAGUAUCUUUACAUACGAGGUGACAAAUCUCGUGUUUUGGAUGUAGAGUGUCCAGACCUAGAAAAAUUCCCCAAGUUUAAAAAAGCUACACGCUAUGAAGCUACACUGAAUUCUGGUGACAUAUUAUUCAUACCAGCAUUGUGGUUUCAUAACAUGACUGCUCUGGACUUUGGAAUUGCUGUCAAUGUAUUCUGGAGAAACCUGGAUGCAAGUUUGUAUGACAAGAAUGAUCCCUAUGGGAACAAGGACCUGAUUCCUGCUGCCAAAGCCCUCGCUUCGGUGGAAAGAGCAACAAAAGAGUUGCAACUGCUUCCGUUUGAUUGCCAACAGUUCUAUGCGCUGAAAAUGAUUUCACAAAUUAAAGAAACCUUUAAUUUGUCUUAAUGUGGCAAUUUCAGCAACGGAGGAAUAAAUGAUGUCUCAUAUGCA